AUGUCGCUGAGUGAUACGGAACUGGACAUGGCGAUGGAGGUCGCACUGCGGGCGGCCCACAUAUCGGCGUCUGUCGUCGACCGUGCGCUUGAGGAGCAUGACGGGACUCUUCUGGAGAUGGGCGGGAAGAGCGACACGGACCUCUUGGUGUCGUACACCCGCGAGUGCGAGGCGGCGGUGGUGGCCGUCCUCGGCGCGGGGACGCCGGACUUCAACAUUCAUUUCGGCGACGAGCGGGCCGAGGGCGACGACCGCGAGUUGGACGGGGGCUUCGCGCAGGGGCGGCCGGUGUGGGUGGUGGACGCGGUCGGGGGGGCCGGCAGCUUCGCCCACGGCCUCUUCGACUGCGGCAUCGCCAUCGCCCUCGUCGUCGCCGGCCGGCCGGUCGUCGGGGUCGUCAGCGCCCCCCGCCUGCGGGAAGUCUUCGCGGCCGUGCGGGGAAGAGGGGCGACGUGCAACGGGCAGCGCAUUCACGUCUCGCAGACACGCAGUUUGAAUAAAUCGCUCGUCCUGCUGCGACAGUCAAGAAAUCGUAGUGAGGCCGCCGUGGAGAGCCUCAUUGGAAUUCAAAGCGAACUGACGAAACUUCCAGUGCACGCCGUACGAAGCUACGGCUCCACAGCACUCAAUAUGUGCUUCGUCGCCUCUGGACGGGCAGAAUUGUACUUCGAAGUGGGAAUCAACUCAUGGAAUAUUGCAGCCGGUGCCAUUAUCGUACAGGAGGCCGGUGGAGUGGUGCAUAAUAUCGAUGAUACCCAGACGCUCGAUUUAAUGUCACGCGGUGUGUGCUGCGCCAACUCACUAGAAAUCUCGCAAGUAGGUGUUGAACUUAGCAAAAAAUAUGAUUACAAACAGAAUAUAUUAGGAAUCUAA